AAGAAUUUUCAUGAAGUAGAUCAAUGACAGACUUAAUGGCAGAAAGCAGCUCAGCAAACUACCUCCCUCAGUGAUUUAAAGAAAACAUCCACCUGAAUAACCUGAUAAAGACUAGGGGAUAGUAGCUGCAUGGACUUGCCACAGAGCUGAAGAGGGGACCAUUAAGGAGAAAGUGAGGUCAGGAUCAACACCCUUUGCUGUGUCACAGGGAAAGACAAUAGAACACUUUUUCUUUGACCUUAUCUAGAUACAACAACUUUGCCUUCAGUCAGGGAGAGGCAUUCAGUCACCAUGUCUUUUCAGGACCUCCUAGAUCAAGUUGGUGGUAUGGGGAGGUUCCAGAUUAUUCAGAUGAUAUUUCUUCUUCUCUGCAAUGCCAUGGUGGCCCCUCAUGUUAUGUUGGAGAACUUCACUGCUGUCAUCCUUGGUCAUCGCUGCUGGGUCCACAUUCUUGACAACGCCACAGUCUCUGACAAUGCCACUGGGACCCUCAGCCAGGACACCCUCCUGAGGAUCUCCAUCCCACUAGACUCAAACCUGAGGCCAGAGAAGUGCCGGCGCUUCAUCCACCCACAAUGGCAGCUCCUUCAUCAGAAUGGGACCUUCUCAAACAUGAGUGAACCAGACACGGAGCCCUGCAUGGAUGGCUGGGUAUAUGACCGAAGUUCCUUCCUCUCCACCACCGUGACUGAGUGGGACCUGGUGUGUGAAUCUCAGUCACUGAAUUCAGUGGCUAAAUUCUUCUUCAUGGCUGGAAUGUUGAUGGGAAGCAUUGUAUGUGGCUAUUUGACAGACAGGUUUGGAAGGAGGUUACUUUUGACAUGGAGUCUAUUCCAGUUGGCCGUCGCGGAAACCUGUGCUGCCCUGGCUCCCACCUUCCUGGUUUACUGCUCACUACGCCUCCUGGCUGGCAUGUCCACCACAACCAUCCUGACAAAUACUGUUCUUCUCAUUGUAGAAUGGACAACUCCAAAAUACCAAGCUAUGGGAGCAACAAUGGUGGUCCUCUCUGGUAAUUUAGGACAGAGCAUGAUUGGAGGCCUGGCUUAUGGUAUUCGAAACUGGCAUACUCUCCAGCUGGUUGUGUCUAUACCCAUUUUCUUCUUAUUUAUUUCUCAAGAGUGGCUUCUGUGGGUGUCAGAGUCAGCUCGGUGGCUGAUUAUCAACAACAAACCUGAGGAGGGCUUACAGAAACUUAAAAAAGCUGCACGGUUGAAUGGAAUGGAGACUUCUGCAGAUGCCCUAACCAUGGAGGCUGUGAGAUCCACCAUGAAGGAGGAGCUGCAGGCAGCACAGAAAAAACCUUCUCUGUGUGACUUGUUCCACUCUCCCAACGUGAUUAAAUGGAUCUCUCUUCUGUCCUUGGUGAGAUUUGCAAUAAUACUGCCCACUUUUGGCCUUUUCCUGCACCUGCAGCACCUGGCAACCAAUGUUUUCCUGGUUCAGAUUCUCCUUGGUGCAGUCGGCAUCCCAGCCAAUUAUAUUUCUAUUUGGACACUGAAUCACAAGGGCCGUCGAAUAAGUCUGUUCUUUUUCAUAUCCAUGGUGGGAAUCUAUUUUCUGGUCAUCAUAUUUCUGCCUGAAGAAAUGCAGACCAUGCGUAUAAUUUUGACAACUUUGGGAGGAGGACUUUCUUCUGCCUCUAUUUCCUGUUCUGUUACCUUUUCAAAUGAACUGCUCCCCACCGUCAUCAGAGCAACAGGUUUAGGAAUCAUUGGAGUUUGCACUAACCUGGGGGCAGCCCUGGCGCCCCUGUUGAUGAUCUUGCAGACAUAUGCAGCACCCAUUCCCUGGGUCAUCUAUGGAGCCUCCUGCAUCCUUGCAGGUCUUACUGUCUUGCUCCUCCCAGAAACCAGGAACCAGCCUCUGCCUGAUUCCCUCCAAGACAUAAAAAAUGAGGGGAAAGUCUCCAGAGAAGUGAAGCAGGAAGAUCUCUCCAUCAAAGUGACACAGUUCUAAGGAAUUACAGAUAUUGAGUAUGAUCAAAGAGGAAGGAAAAGAAAGAAAUAUCAAGUACUCUUGGAUACCAGCAGAAAAAUAUUUAAAUAAAUAAGUGCAAUUGAAGCCAUGGAUCCCA